AGAUUUGAACGAGCUUAGUUUGAAGGAUAACGUUGUGCGCUAAGCUUAUGUUCGGACAAUUGCUCUUCGAGGCACUUAUGUUUGUAGAAAUUUUUCAUAAAUUACUUUACUUAUUAUAAGUUUAAUGUUUUGUCUGUAUAUACGGUGAUUUUUAUAAUUGCUGAUGUCUUAGUAGUCUAGCUAUCACUAGUCAAAGCUUUCUAGUACGCUUUCGAUCGGAUGGACAGCCUAUUUCCCGCAUAUUGAGUACCAGAAGUCGACUCUGCGUGCUUUAGUUGGUAUAGUUUAUUAAUUUUUGAUAACGUAGGUAAGAAUAAUUUGUGAAUGACCUUUGAGUGGUGCUAAAGUAAUCCCAAUCUCCCUAUUUUUUGUGAAAAUUUGACCCGUUUCGGGAGAAUUUCGGCGAAGCCCCCUUAGUAAAUUUUGGGGUUUUAAUGUCAUUUUUUCAAAAAAUUUGUAUAGCGGCUCUCCAAGUAUUUCCCUAAAUUUUCCCAGAAUCUUAUUACACUUUGGGGGAAUCCGUCUAUACUUAUUUAUGAAACCGCAAACAUUUUCCGCAAUUUCGGUGAAAUAAUCCAAAAUGCCUCGUUUUAAUGCCAUAAUUCUCCACAUUUUUCGACAGAUAUCACGAAAAAGCCUUACGAUAAUAAUCACCUAAAAGUUUCUACUCAAGCGUUCCAUUUUUUCCCUGUCAAUUACGGACAGUAAACACAGUGCCAAAAAAACUUAACUACAGUUCGUUACGACAAUCGAUCUAUCGCUGUAAUUAAAAAGACUGAUGUUAUGAUUCAUCAAAGGAAAUCAUCACUUGCAGAAACUCAAAGCUAUCAACUACAAGGCCUGACAAUGUAGCAAUUGCCAACGGUCAACUAGGUUUCACCACACAAAUUACUGAUGGAGGUCGGAUUAGGUUAGUCUCAAACCAAAACGCUAAUUAGAAGUAAACAAAAAAUAUUCCAAAAACAAAUAGCAAUAGUCGAUAUAUUGAGAACCUUGGCGUGUGCAUAAAAUUUACACAGAAAUAUUCUAGCGGACUAGAUAUAGGUCUCCGACCUGUCCCGAAUAUGCAUUAAUCAAAGCUCUUGUUAACAGGGAUCCAACACAAUUGUUCGUUUUCUUGCUCAAAGUCAGUAGAUGUGCAUCAUAAGCCCAUAUUUUCUUGUAAGGAAGCCAGUAUCUACGGAGAUAUUCCCAGUCGCGCCUACUUAGUUCAUUUACGACUCACGAAUUUUGCUCGUUUCUGCGAAAUAAAUAUGUUAUGGGCAUUACUGUCCAAUGGCUUCGACCUUUAUUAGCUAGCCCUGAUGAACACUUGCCACUUAAUCUCACAUUUAAAAACAAUCUCAUCAAAUCGAUUGUUCGUUUGCCUCUGCAAAAAACGUCGAUAGAUGUGGAAAUUGGAAAUCUUAGCCAGUCUAUGGGUCGUAAGGGAUGCCGCUAUUUCAGAUUGUGCGCAAACCACUACAAACGUCUGUCACCCAAGUGUUUCCUAUUAUUUCCGUAAACCUAUCCAGUAUCUAAGUUACAUCUGGUCUUAAUUCUUUUCGCUUCCAUGUGAACGUAAACGAUAAAUAUCAGUGAUUACAAACAAAAAGAAAGUAUCUCUCUACCUGGUAAAACUGAACAUGAAACCUCCUCACUUCUUGCUAUUAGUAUUGUAAGUUGAAUCUAUACUAAAGACUCCCAGAUACUUUCAAUGUAAUGUAAUUUGUUGGUUACUUUUAAAACAAACUUUUAUUCAAUUUCUAUCUUCAGAAAAUCAUUCUUUCAAAUCCCCGUUUACUUCUAAUUUAGUAAACACUUGCUGUAUGCCUCAAUCUAAAAAUAGAAUAGUGCACACCCUGUUAGCUUAUACUUUCAUAUGAUCAAUGGUCUCAUUCGAAGAUGACAAUCCUAGAAGUAUUGGACUCAAUUUUUUAUUUAUUUCCAGGUAACAAUCUCUGUCCAUAAAUUACCAUACAGAAAUUACUGCGCAGAUAAUUUUUAAAUAUCAUCAAAGACUUUGCGUACUUUUGUAACUACAGUGAAAUGCGUGACACUAAUGCACAUCUAGGAACUUUGACUCAUAAGUCAGACUCCCGAUGAUCUUCUAAUAAUCUCUAUUCUCUGUGGUUUUCUUUUUGGACAAACUUUUCAUUUAACCGCAACUAACUUUCCAAUUUUUUUCGAUUUCAGUUGUGCUCAUGAAACAAGUGGUACUAACGACUGUCUUAGGUCUUCCGGGAAGUGGAAAAAGUACAUUGUGUGAACGUCUGCAUCAGUUAGAAACAAAUGAUUGUUCAGUUAUGUGGCUAGAAUAUGAUCAACUUGUUCCAGUACAAAUACUCUCUCUGAAAGCAAACAAUUCUGAUUGGAAGGACUGGCGUCAAGCUGUUGUUGGUUGUUUGGAGAAACUGUUGGCUUUAUGGAAGGGGUUCGACAUUAUACACGAUUUGAAUGAAAAAGAAAAAGUUAUUUGGUUGAGGAUAAACAUAUACUCUACUCUAGAUGCGAAGGACAUCAUAGUUUUAUUAGACGACAAUUUCUACUACUUUAGUAUGCGUCGUUCAUUCUACAAUUUAGCAAAAAAGUAUUCAUGUAGUUAUGCGUCAAUAGUUUGUAAAUGUGCGAUAGAUACUUGCAUUCUUAGAAAUCGCGCUAGGCCAAGUCCAGUUCCAGAUGAUACUAUCCAUAAGAUGGAGAGAAAAUUCGAAUGGCCCGAUCCAGUCAACAAUUUAUGGGAGAAGCAUACAAUCACAAUCAGUUCACUUCAAGAGAAUGUACAUAAUCCAGUCAGUUUGCUUCGUUUCUUAAAACUGUUGUUGAACCAACCGAUUAUAAGUGAAGAUUCUGUAAAAGAUGAGGAGAAAAACAGAAGCAAGCGUAUUAAUCUAGACAGUUUACUCCAUAAUGUGGAUAUUCACUUGAGAAAGGUCACAAAUCACACAAUUAAAUCUAAAGAUUGUUUGUGGAGAACUCAGUAUGCAAAAAUGGCAUCGGAUAUUAAAGCACAGUGUUUACAAGAACUGCACAAGACCAUAUCCGGAGAAAAUAGUAUUUGGACAGUUGAAAACUGUCAAAAGUUUGCAGAAGAACUGUUCUAUGAGAAACUUGAUGAGGUUCUUAAUAAGAAAGUAACGGCUGGUUAUAAAAACACAUUGCCUGAAAUAUAGUUGUAGAAAAAUAAUUGUAUAAGUACUCGAGUAUACUUUGAGAUGCCCAGCAUUGUAAUUCAUGUUAUCACACUUAUUUUCUUAUAGAUACUUGUUCUAUAUGUUUAAUUUGCCAUAAUAUAAAUGUAUUUCAUUGACAAUGUAAAAGUGACUACGGUUUUCCUAAUGUUUACCUCUUCACUUUAUUCUGUAAAUGAAAUAUCAAGUUACUAGCUAAUCGAUUUAUUGAAAAGUUC